UGAGGGCCAGGGCGCCCCCGGGCCGGGCCCGUCCGCACCCAGCCCAGCUCAGGUGACCAGGCGGGUGCCGGGCACACCUGGCGCAGUCCCCUGACCCCGCCCCGGACCGGGCCGCACCCGGAACGCCGGAGCCAGCCGCUGCGGUGGAGCAGGGCCAUGGCGGCGGCACCGGCGGUGUGCGCCUCGCAGGGGCCCCCGCCGGGCGCACCGUCCCCGCCGGCGGGCGCGCCUGUGCCCGCGUCCGGCCUGGGCCGCUGCCGGUUGGCGCUGCUGCUGGCCGUGGCGCUGGACGUGGCGGGCAUGGCGGCGCUGCUGACAGGCGUGUUCGCGCAGUUGCAGGUGCGCGGCCGCGACUUCGGCGACCUGCUCAUCUACUCGGGCGCGCUGCUCGUCUUCCUGAGCCUGCUCGGCUGGAUCCUCUGGUACACCGGCAACAUCGAGAUCUCGCGCCAGGAGCUGGAGCGCGACUACGGCCUGCGGCCCUCGGCGCUCGCCCGCCUCGCGCGAAAGCUCUCCCGCCGCUGGUCGGCGCCGGCUGUCUCCUCCGCCGGCCGGCGCGCCGCGCCCGGCUCCUGGGCAGCGCGGCCCGCCGCCCGCACGCCCCCGCCGCCCGCCGCCGGCUCCCGCCGCGUGCGCCUGCAGCUCGGCGCGCUCGAGGCCGGGUCUGGGGCGGCGGGUGCGGGCACCGAGUGAGCCCGAGACGAACGCAUGGCCACACCUGUCAGGACACGAUGGACAUGUGCAGCUGCCCCAUCAUCAUCUGGCUGCCAGGAUGCCUACCUGUCCUCCAUCUAUCCUCCCCUGGAUAAAGGGCUCUGCCUCGCU